CCGCCGCGGGAGCGGGAUGCGGGAAUGCGCCCAGUGAGUCCGGCGGCGCGGGGCGCAGCGAUGCGGCCGGCGGGAAAGCGCCUCGGCAGCGGCUCGCCUGUCGGAUAAUCCUGCCCCUGCCUGCCGGCCGCGGGUCUCGGGCAGCGGCACUCUCUUGUCUGUGUGUGGCAUGCGGAGCCGGGGUUUUGUACGGCAUUUGCGAGCCGAGCGAGGUCACGGUUCCUUUUUUUAAAAUUCUUUGCUCUGGGUACAGUAGAUCUCUGUCUGAUUUUUCCUUCCCUGAUAGCGGGGUGGCCCGGGAGGGAAGAUCGUGACAGUGACGGGAAUGUUUACUUGUGCAGAAGUCUUUCUCAUGUGGAAGCACGCUGCUCCCUAACUUCUGGCUAAGCAGACUUCAGUUCACCAACUUUGCUGCCGCACAGCACGCGUAACUCCUUGGCAGGAUGGCAGAGGAAAGAACAGCUGGUGCAAAGCAAUAGGGGAUUCUUAGCGAGGAGAAGGAAGGAAGGAAUAUCACCAACCUUUCACCCACGGCUGUCAGAGCAGCAGGAACGGGACAGCUGAAGCCACCAUGCGCAGGUCCAGCACCGAUGAGUCCACCUAUCACAGGAGCCCUUCCCUGGACAGCAAGGAUUACAGUUUCCCAAAUGGCGCCUUCCGUCGAUACAGCAGCAUGUAUGGUGGCCAGUUUGGGGCUGCCAGCAACUCUUUUUUUGGAUUUCAUACCAACCCUGGCCCGAAGGCCACCAAGGCUAAGUACACGACCCCCAAGGGAAACAAGUACGUUGUCUUUUACCUGGAUCUCUCAUUUAUUUUUCUCCUAGAACUGAAGAGGUGCAGCAUGGCUCACAACUGCCUGCAGUGUAUCAAGUACCUAAUGUUUGUUUUCAACCUUCUCUUCUGGUUGGGAGGCUGUGGAAUCCUUGGUGUAGGCAUCUGGCUGGCUGUCACCCAAGGGAACUUUGCCACCCUCUCCUCUUCUUUCCCGUCCCUGUCAGCUGCCAACCUGCUGAUCGUCACAGGGACGUUUGUCAUGAUCAUUGGCUUCGUGGGCUGCAUAGGUGCCAUCAAAGAAAACAAGUGCCUCCUGCUGAGUUUUUUUAUCAUGCUGUUAAUUAUAUUUCUGUUGGAGCUCACUGUUGUGAUUCUGUUCUUCGUCUACACCGACAAGAUUGACAAGUAUGCUCAGCGGGAUCUGAAGAAAGGACUUCACUUGUAUGGGACAGAUGGAAAUAUUGGCCUCACUAACGCAUGGAGCAUCAUUCAAACAGAUUUCAGAUGCUGUGGAGUCUCCAACUACACGGACUGGUUCGAAGUGUACAACACAACCCGGGUGCCAGACUCCUGCUGCUUAGAAUUCAGUGAGAACUGUGGGCUCCAUUCCCCAGGGACCUGGUGGAAAGCGCCUUGCUAUGAAACUGUGAAAGUAUGGCUCCAGGAAAACUUACUGGCAGUGGGAAUCUUUGGAUUGUGCACAGCUAUGGUGCAGAUUCUCGGACUCACCUUUGCAAUGACCAUGUAUUGUCAGGUAGUCAAGGCAGACACCUACUGUGCAUAGAUACCAUUCCCAAUCUUUCUGCUUCUCCUCCAAAGGACACAGGAGAAAUCUCCUUCAUGCUCAUUCAUCUGACCUUUCCCCACCCCCCUUUGUACUAUAAACUGUGUAUAAUGCUAUCUUUCUGAAGAUUUUGUGAAUCACCCCACUUUACUGAAGGAGGAAGAAAAGAAAAAGUCAGUACUUGAAGUGGCACAGGUAAGAAGCAGCCUUGUCUUUCAGCAGAGGAAAACCAAAAAAGCAAUGGUUCCUUUUCCAUGGCCUGUGGCAAGGCAAGAGAGGCUGCUUGCAAGGGGCUGACUGCAAACCCAUGGUAAGAAAAGAUGGCACUGAGGCAACCUCUGCAAAAACUGCCAGGCUGCCUUCCUGCAUUUCCCAGUCUGGAAGAGAGGAUGUAGAAAACAAAUGUUCUUCAGCAAGAAGGUACAGAGUAGCUAGGACUGAAUGCAAUUGUAAUUUUACUACAGUUUGCACACAGCUAAAAUGUCAAGAUCAAGCAGCCCUGCCUCCAAGUGUCUCAAGAUGAUUUUGUAACCAGGAGAGGAUCAUCUUCAGAAGUCCAUUGUUUUAAAGGAGUAUUUUUAAUCUUCUGUGCCGCAGAGUCAGGCUUUUAAUCAGAAUCUGUACAGUGAGAUCCUGGCUGUUAAUGGAAAACAAUAUUGGACAUUGCCUCACUUCCUAAUUGCCAGUGGCAUAUAGAUGGUUGACUGCAUAUGUUAUAUAUAUUACAUUCGUAAACACAUACUUUUCUGAAAGGAGGUGAAAAUACCCAGCAUCUAACCUCAGAAAGAGGAAACCUUUCUAUCCUAUUUUACAUUCCAACUGAAAUAACCAAGUAUUAUUUCUUGUACAAGGCACUAUCACUUAUACCUCUGGGAAACAAGUAAUUACUUUCAGCUGUAUCUUCAUUUCAGUAAACAACUUGUGAGUGGGCUCUCUCUGUCAGUCUACUAUGGUUUUAUUUAUCAUCCCUGUUUCAAGUAAGUCUGCCAAAAAAUAUCACUCAUUUCCAUGCUUGAAGAUGUGUACAAAGCUGUCAGCUGUUCUUUCCCUGAAUGUCACCAUUUCAUUAAUUUACUUUGGGAUAACAUCAUCUGCAGGUAUGAUAGAGUUUGCCUUGCUGAGGAAAAAUCUUUUGCACAUUGCUCAUUUUUCUGAGAGUUAUUAAGAUUUCAGAUGCUUUUAUGCUUACCUUUUUUUUUCCUCCCAGCUGCACACUGACAACAGCCAAGACACAUCAGUCUCUGUUAGAACUGGAGUCACUUCUCAGUGCUCUUUUUCAGAUGCAUUUUUCUUCACCUAGCUGCUGGUUAGAAUAUAAUCCACGCUUUCUAGAAUAUCAUGGAAUCACAGAAAUAUGCAGAAAUCAAAACCAUUACUUUCUUUAACUGGGGAACAGCCACUCAUUAAUAACUGAAGUAAUUGAUGUAGUACCCUCCUAUGCACAUCUUCUGGUGAUGAGGUUAAAAAUCAGAUGUGUCCUAUAGUUCAAACAAAUAAUUCCCUGCCAGCAAACAGCUCCAGGUAGUGCAUAUGUGCCAGGGAGAAGCUGAAGCACCCCAGGGAAAGGGCACAGCAGGGAACAGGCAAACAGAGCAAUGCAGAUGGCCCUCUCCCUUCAGCCAGCAUUUGUGCAGCUCUCUGCCACUGUCACUUAGAGCAGAGAGAUGACCAUGGAGCUGUUUUCCCAAGAAGCUGAGUGCAGCCAUUCCUGCAGACUGGAAGCAUGCAGCAAGUUCACAGGGAAAGUUACCUUGCUUACAACAGCAGGUCUCAGCUCUGAGUGACAUUUUGCAUGCUUUGAUUUAAAGACAAUUCCCAGCACAAAACUGCACUUGCCAACCCACAGUCUAUUGAACAAUCUCCUUUACACCCAUAACUAACCCUUUUCUGGACCUGCAUUAUUUGACAGAUUCACUCUCACUCAUCAGAUUUGGGAGAUUUUUUUGUCUCUGCUGAUUUCCUGCAGUCUUCUCACUCUCAGGCAUGAGCUACUCCAUAUUUUCUGGGAAAUUGCUUAGGACAGUCUGGUGUUUAAAAGAGCAAUUAUUUUCCAAAAUUUUACCCCCAUGGGGCAUUUAGCUGUGCAGGCUAAGGUAAAAGUAAUGUAAUAAUUCUGUGCAUUUUUUGUGGCUUCCCCAUCACUAUCACAGCAACCUCCCCAGCACUAAAGGAUUUUACUGUCAUGCAAACAAGCCCCAACAUACCCAAGCUGAGCAAGCAGCCCACACACAGGUGCCCUGUGCCCCAAAGCAAGAGGCUCACUGGUGUUGCAGUCACCACAGUCUCCCUGCUUUCUGCUUCUUGAGCCCAGGCUGACCUGCACACUGUCCUGCUCUCCAAAAGAUGGUGUAAGUUUGUUCCUUCCCUCUCUCUACUCUGUUCUUUUCUUAACCUGCACAGAUAAAAUUCCAGGUUAGCUGUGCCAUUAGUUCUUGCCUUGGUUUAUAGUUUGUACACAGAGGUGCUUCUGCUGACAACUCAGAGUUUCUGCCACUGAAAAGCAGCAUGACACAGUGAUGAAUACAUUCAUAAAACAUUGAUUUUUUUUUUGAGACAAAUAAAAGGUAGACAAGUCUAUUUGUAGUGAUCCCUGCCAUUAAAAAUUAACACAGAGGCAGCAGGCUGAUGAUGGUUCAGCUGAUGGGAGCAAACCAUUGUGCAGAACUCCCACAGAGAGCAACUCUUAUCAAUUUGCUUGAUGGUGGUGUAGAGAAAAGAGAGAUCACAGACCUUUCUCCUGUGAAUCUCACAGUAAUAUGUGCUGAGCUCUUAGAGAAUGCCUCUAGACUUCAGCUAAAGCUUCAGUGGAAACAAAAUAUGAGAAGCAGACUGGAGACAAGUCACAUUUUGUGGUUUCCUCUAAUAAUUUUCCACAGUUUAGGUGUCUUUACAAGAUAAACUUUUUUGGUUUUAAAAAACAAGUACCUAAAGGGAGUAUAAGCAACCCUCACUUUGUAAAUCCCAGUCACUACAACAAAAACAUACAGUUAGGGGAAAAAACAAAACAGAACAGAAAAACACAAACAAAACAAAAACCCGCAGAUCACAUAUUGCUGCUAAUAAUUAUUUUUAAAAUAUUCCUCUUCCUCUACCAACUGUGAUGCUACUGCAACUUGUUCAUAAUUGGAACUGGACUAUUUUGUAUAUUUAAUGUUAUUAACUUUCUCCACACAGACCAAACAGCUGUUAGAGUGCUUACAGCAUUACGAGCACAAUCCAAUUUUAUACCUCUGAACAUACUGCAUAUAACAAGCCUCAGACUUACCAUAUUUUCUUAAGAUCACUGCAUCCUUUCUCUGCUGACAAGGUCAGAAGAUUUUGUGAUGUGUAACAGCAACAAUCUUUCAAAAAAAAAAACCAAAAAGCCAAAAAAAGACAGUUCCAUUUUACACAUUAAACUGGUUGAUUAUAUAUAAGUAACCUGUAGUACAUAAUAUCCAUUUGAAAGGCUGCUGAUAUUGAAUGCAGGCAGAGCAACACAGAAGUCAUUCCAAUUGCUUCUAUUAGUGUCUUGUCACUUUUAGUAAAGCCUUUUAUAUUAUUGUGACUUCUUAUCUUUAAACAUGAAGGAGGACUCAAUACAUUUAAAUUAAAGACAGAACCAAAGGCAAUAAAGGAACACUCCUAAUUUAUUCUCAUGGCUGUUUCUGCUUAAUAACAAGAUAUGAAGGCACAGGGCAUAUGACUAAACCUACUGAAUUCAGCAGCAUCAGGAUUUAGCUUUUUAGAUUCAGUCUAAAUGUACUUUUGGCUUUUCAUUUUCACAAUUAUUAAAAAACCCACCCAAACCCAUAUUUAAUGGAAUAUGGUUUAUUUUCCUGUACUGUCACUAGCAGCCAAAUCUUGUUACUUGUACAACAGAAUUACUUAGCUCCUCAUCAUACAGUGCACACUCACUGAAAUACACUUCAGUUUCUGUUCUGUGAAUAGUUCUUUGGUCUCCCCCCUCAAAAUAAACAAACUCCUAAAAGUUUAUUCUAU